AAGACCACGGCGUAGCAUUCAGCUGUAACUAAACAAUGGCGACUGCGGCGACUGCGGCGGGUGGAACGGGUUCGGGGGGACCAGCAGCCAGUCAGGCAGGCACCGGUGCCUCGGUUGGUAGGAAAAAGGACGGAGGGCCAUCGUCUAAAUUUUGGGAGAGCGCCGAGACAGUCUCUCAACUUGAGACGGUGCGACUGUGGAUUGGAAAACACUACAAGAAGUAUGUCCAAACCGACUCUCCGUCCUGCAAGUCUUUGGCAGGACUGGUGGUGCAACUGCUUCAGUUUCAGGAGGAUGCGUUUGGGCGGAGGGUGAGCAAUCCAGCCCUCACCAAACUGCCUGCAAAGAGCUUCUUGGACUUCAAAGCAGGUGGAGCACUGUGUCACAUUCUGGGAUCUGCCUACAAGUUUAAGAGUGAGCAGGGCUGGAGAAGAUUUGAUCUGCAGAAUCCAUCCAGAAUGGACAGGAAUGUGGAGAUGUUCAUGAACAUUGAGAAAACACUUGCUCAGAACAACUGCUUGACUCGGCCUGUUGUCUAUAUCGUGUCUGACAUGGACCAAAAGCAAGCAAGCAAACUCAAAGACAUCAUUAAGAGACAUCAGGGCACAAUUACAGAAGACAAGUCCAAAGCCACCCAUGUCAUCUGCCCCUCCCCCUCUCAGCCUGAGGAAGAGGAGUGGUUGCGUCCUGUCAUGCGCAAAGACAAGCAGGUGCUGGUUCACUGGGGCAAUUACCCAGACAGUUAUGACACCUGGGUGUCUACCAGUGAUGUGGAUGGGGACGUUGAGGAGCCGCCAAGCUCAGAGAAACCUUGGAGGGUACAUGCCAAAUGGGUCUUGGACAUGGAUGCCUUCAAUGAGUGGAUGAACGAGGAGGACUACGAGGUGGAUGAGAACAGGAAGUCAGUCAGCUUCCGCCAGCGGAUCUUCCCCCGAGAGGAGGAGUCUUCCCGUACACCCGAUCGAAAGGAGCGCAAGUCCCUGGCGAGCAGCAAGAAAAGGCGUCGCUCCCCUUCGCCCCCAAGUACCCCUGCUGAGUCCCGCAAGAAGGGCGCAAAAAAAGGGAACCCAGGGCCCCACUGGAAGCGGCGUGGUCAUCGCGAGGAUGACGAACAGGAUGAAGACCUCACCAAGGACAUGGAGGACCCGUCACCUGUGCCAGGCAUGGAAGAGGUCUCGCUGCCAAAGAACGUCAAUCAGAAGAAAGACAGCGAGAAUGCCCCAGUGAAGGGAGGGACAGUAGCUGAUCUGGAUGAGCAGGAAGAUGGGUCAGUCACGUCUGGGGGCAAGGACGAUGAGGACCAGGGUAAAAUGGACGUGAACCGUCUCAUGGACUCUGGCGAGGAUAACGUAACCGAGCAAACCCAUCACAUUAUCAUUCCUAGCUACUCGGCCUGGUUCGACUACAACUCCAUUCAUGAGAUAGAGAGGCGCGCUCUGCCAGAGUUCUUCAACGGCAAGAAUAAGUCGAAAUCUCCAGAGAUAUAUCUGGCAUAUCGUAACUUCAUGAUUGAUACCUACCGGCUGAAUCCUCAGGAGUAUCUGACAUCUACUUCCUGCAGACGCAACCUCACUGGAGAUGUGUGUGCCGUGAUGAGGGUGCAUGCGUUUCUGGAGCAGUGGGGCCUCAUUAACUACCAGGUGGAUGCAGAGAGCAGGCCACUACCCAUGGGGCCCCCACCCACACCCCACUUCAAUGUGCUGGCAGACACUCCCUCUGGCCUUGUGCCUCUACACCACCGCCCCCCGCAGAUUCCCUCUGCUCAACAGAUGCUGAACUUCCCAGAGAAGAGCAAAGACAAGCCCUCGGACCUGCAGAACUUUGGCUUGCGGACUGACGUGUACUCAAAGAAAAACUCCAAGAGCAAGGGUACAAGGGAGUGGACUGAGCAAGAAACUCUGUUACUGUUGGAGGCCUUGGAGAUGUACAAGGAUGACUGGAACAAGGUCUCGGAGCACGUGGGCAGCCGCACACAGGAUGAGUGCAUCCUGCACUUCCUGCGGCUGCCCAUUGAGGACCCAUACCUGGAGAGCCCAGAGGUGGCACUCGGACCCCUGGCCUACCAGCCAAUCCCAUUCAGCCAGUCGGGAAACCCCGUCAUGAGCACCGUGGCCUUCCUCGCCUCGGUGGUGGACCCCCGAGUGGCUGCAGCCGCCGCUAAGGCUGCUCUGGAGGAGUUUUCCCGCGUGCGUGAGGAAGUCCCGGCGGAGCUGGUGGAGGCUCAUGUGAAGAAGGUUCAGGAGGCGGCGCGGAGCACGGGGAAGGUGGACCCCUCCUACGGCCUGGAGAGCAGCGGGAUCGCUGGCACUGCACCCGACGAGCCCGACAAAACGGAACCAGCAGAGGCUGAGAAGAUGGACACAGACCCAGAGGCUCAGCAGGCAGAGAAGGCGGAGUUGAAGGAUGAGGCGGAGAAGGCCAGCGAGGCAACAGAGAAACCGGCAGAGGGAGAAAAGCUGAAGAGCGAGACGACUGAAAAGGCUGAGCGUGAGGAAGAGGAGAAUGAAGGAGGGGAGGCAAAGGCAGCAGACAAAGAUGAGGAGGCGAUGGAGGUGUCUGCGGAGGGGAAGGAGGGGGAGGAGGUGCAGCCUCAGCAGCAGGACCUCAAGAAACUGGAGCUGGACGUGGGCGAGGGCAAUAUCGCCACCGCCGCAGCUGCUGCACUCGCCUCUGCUGCUACCAAGGCUAAGCACUUGGCUGCUGUAGAGGAGAGGAAGAUCAAGUCCCUGGUGGCCCUGCUGGUAGAGACUCAGAUGAAGAAGCUGGAGAUUAAGCUCCGUCACUUUGAGGAGCUGGAGACCAUCAUGGACCGGGAGAAAGAGGCGCUGGAGCUGCAGCGGCAGCAGCUGCUGACGGAGAGGCAGGCGUUCCACAUGGAGCAACUGAAGUAUGCGGAGAUGAAGGCUCGGCAGCAGAUGGAGCAGCAGGCCGCGGCCGCAGCAGCCCAGCAGGGCGGCGCCGUGCAUCACGGGGCUCCUCCCCCCACUCCACACGGGCCCCCACCCCACGUCCCGCCUCCCCACGGACCCCUGCCAGGAAUGCAUCCUGGCCAUCCCGGUCACCCCGGUCACCCCGGUCUUCCAGGUGCUGGGUACCCCCCCAUGCACCACCCCAUGGGACCCCACCACCCACCACAGACAGGACCGAUGGUUGGACCGGGUCAGCCCAUGCCUGGCCGCAUGAUGCCAGGACCUGUGGGACCUCCUCCAGGGGGCAUGCCCACUAUGAUGGGCCCCAGACACCCUGGAGCCCCCAAUGGCAUGUAUCCUGGUCCUCCACCACCUCCUGUACAGCCUGAUGGGAUGCCACCAGCUCCGGCAUCUUCACUCCCCACACGUCCAGCCGAGAACUAAUCCUUCUCCCCCCCACUCCCCCUUUCCACACACACGCACACACACACACACACACAUCCACAUACACACACGUUCACUAAAACACUUGAAUUUGAGACAGUUAAUCUAUUUCAAUAUUACCCCACUCUCUUAACUCUCUACUGAUUGCCUUAGGCUUUCUCCUUCAAAAUCCUUCAGUUUCACCUCACCCACAAACACUCUUUGUUGUGGGUACAGAGUCAGAAAUACUGCCUCUUCUGUGCAUCCUGUCUUCACACUUAAAUUCAGCCUUCCGGUUCCCUGUCUGGCCAGUAAGGGGCGCUGCUGUAGAGAGCGGAGCUAUUUACACACUCGUGUUUGGCUUUGCUCCACAGAGGUACACGGCGGCUUGCGUAUGGCUCUUCCCUGUAAUGUGAGUGGUGGACCCUUAAAUGUGUAUAUUGUGUUUAAUCUAUGUAAGCUAGACGUCCAGAGGGGGAGACAGGGGUCUCGGAGUGGGUGUGCGUGAAGAGCUUAAACCUACUGACUUACUUGACACCCUGUUCCUACUAACACCCUGUUCUCACCCUCUGAGCUCCCUCUUCAGAAUCACACUGUAGCAAUGAGCCAGCAAGCAGCUCUGCUCCCCUGCUGUAGAUCUUCCAGGGCUGGGGCUGGGGUAAAGCAAACAUGUAGAGCAGGUCUCUGUUGGCAGUCCAGUGGAGCUUCCCUUCUUCCCUUAUCUUUGAGAAUCUACCUCUCCAAUAGUAUUCUGGACCUGUGUGUGUGUGUGUGUGUGUGUGUGUGUGUGUGUGUGUGUGUGUGUGUCUGUCUUUCCAUAGCUUUAUAAGGCAACAGUUUUACUGUGUAGAGUGAGAGGUGUUUUAUGAUACUCCGCUUGGUCACCUGCUCUUUACCCCGUAACGCUUUGGCCAGAGCACAGAGCAAUGAGGUCUGGAGAGCAGAUAUAUAUCUCUCUCUCUCACACACACACGCGCGCGCGCACACACACACACUUCAGCACUCUGUAAAGAUCUGAGCCAGGGUCAUGCAGAGUGCAGAAACACACCACAACCCAGUAAGGUGUUGUAGAAAAGUGCCCAUACUCUCUCUCUGGUUUGCUUUAGCUACCGUGCAGAAGUACUCUUAACACGCACCUGAAGCAGUGCUGAUGGGAGGAUGGUUCGAUGCUUGUUUAGUAGCUGGCCCUUAGUGUUCCUCCUUUAGGUGCUCACAAUGUAGCUGCCCUGCCUCACUCUACCUCUUUCUACUACCUCUCUCUCUCUCUCUCUCUCUCUCUCUCUCUCUCUUUCUCUUCCUCUCUGAUCUGCCCAUAUGACUGCUGCAUUACUGCUGUGUGGAGGCUUUUGGUCCUCCUUUUGCUCAGGUGAUCCAUGCCCCACGCUCAAACACCUUGCCUAAUCUUUUACUCUACACUACACACGCAUGCACGCACACAUACACACAUACACAUAGACAUACAUGUUUCAAAAAAUUCUGGGCUGUAUAUCUUACAACAGGAGUUAACCCCUAUAUAUCCUUUAUUGCUUAUUGUUAUUUUAAGGUAAUGUAUUUUUAAGAAAAUAAAGUUUGUGUAGACUCAGCUAUCAUUGCUCAUGGAAGUUUGUAGCUUUUACUUUUUUUAACCUGCACAUUGGUACUGAGACCCAAACACUGUCAAAUAAAAUGGUGUCGGUUUUUGUUUUGUA